ACGUGGUUGGUGGUAGAGGGGUGUCAAACAAGGCAGCCGGCGCAACGCGGCCGCUGCCUGCUGGCCCCUUUCCUCUGAGACCGUUGACCCUCAGACACUCAGAGCCAUGGCCCUGCCACUGCUGCCUGGCUACGGCUUCAGCUGCACCGUGGGAAAGGAUAAGUUCCACAGAAUGCUGGUGACUGAAGGUAAAGCUGGAAUAGAUGAACUGCCUCUCAGGCAAAGGUCGAAGCCUAAAUAUAGUGUGUUUCCUAAAGAAAUGGGAAGUGGAGUACCAUCCUGGGUAGCAUUUGAUAAGCAGAUAUUAUCUUUUGAUGCCUAUGUAGAAGAUGAAGUACAUGAUAAAAGGCAAGAAAACUAUAGAAUAAGAUACCAUAAAAUUUUGUUCUACCCUGAAGAUGACACAAUUCAAGUAUAUGAGCCACCAGUGAAAAAUAGUGGACUGCCUCAAGGGACUAUUAUUCGGCGACAUCGGAUUCCUCUCCCACCUCCUGAUGAUGAUCAGUUUUAUACUGUGUAUUCUUUCAAUAUCAGCAUAGACAUUGUCUUUUAUGGCCGGACAUUCAAGAUUUAUGACUGUGAUGCAUUCACAAAAAACUUUUUGAAGAACAUAGGAGUCAAAUUAAACCCCCCAAGCCAGUGUCCAGAAGAUCCUUACACGAAGACUCGGAGAGAGGUGCUAGAAUGCAUGCAGCCCUUACGGCCCUAUGAAUCCUUCGACACCUUGAAACAGUUCCUUGAGUAUGAUAGGAAGGUUUUGCGUUUCUUCUGCCUGUGGGAUGACUCAUCAUUGUUUGGGGACUGUAGACAACUCAUCUUGAACUACUUUCUGAGUGACGAUACCAUUGAAAUCAAAGAAUUGCUGCCACGCAACUCAGGUCGUACUCCUGUGUCAUGGUUCCUCCGGAGGGGAAAACUGCCCAAGUAUGGCCCACCUGGAGUCUAUCAACCAGGCGAGGUAACAAAUCGAAUAGUUCUCAAUGUGUAUACUGGCUUUACACUGAGCCCAGUGCGUGGCUAUAUGUUGGAUAAAUACAAGCUAGGAAAAUUAGAACAAGAGUUUUACAAGGAUAGUGACCUGUCUGUGGGAACCACCAUCAAUGUGUGGGGAAGGAAAGUGCUCCUUUGUGACUGUGAUGAAUUUACAAAGACUUACUAUAAGACUAAAUAUGGAAUUGACAACUUUACCUCAAUUUCAUGCAAGGCUCCAUCUCCUCCAAAAAUAGAAGGGAAUUUUCCACGCUAUACUGGCUUUACUUCUGAAGUGGAAUCUGUUCGCCCUUCCCUAGGCCUUGUGCCCAUACCUCGUCCUAAUGUGGAAGAAUUCUGGAAGUUCAUGGAAAAUGACAGCUAUGGCUACAUGAGCAAUAUACUCCGGUUCUUUGCAAAACUGAUUACAGACAAAUGUGCUGAUGAGGACAGACUGUUUGUUAUUUCAUAUUUUCUCAGCAAUAACACAAUUUCAGUGUUUGAACCCAUAGAGAGGAAUUCAGGAUAUACUGGUGGAUUGUUCUUGAAAAAAAUGCGUAUUAAGAGACCUAGACAGGAAGUCAUUAAAAGUGGACUCUCAGAAUAUAUCCAGCCUGAGGAGCUGUAUAUUGGAGCCAAAGUGAAUUUGAAUGGCUACCUAUUUAUUUUGCUCAAUGCUGAUGAGUAUACCUUAAAAUUCAUGGAGGAGAAUUCUGAUAGGUAUCCUUUUAGCAACCUUGAACUUGCCCUACAAAAGUUGAAAGAUGAAAAAUCAAAAUCCACAGAGAUCAAGCAGAUAUUUAGGGCUGCUGACUAUAACUUGACAAAGACAGUGGAUUAUAAUACAUUCAGAGAAAUACUGAUGAAUAUAACUCUUGGGAAACUCACAGACCAAGAACUUAUAACUAUUGUACGUCACUAUGGGGUACCUGAGGAACCAUGUACAGAUAUAAAUAUCUUAAUUGCAACGGCCCAUGAACAGUUCAAGAGAGCUCUGUUUGAGAAUUUUGAUAGACUCAUUUCUUGCUGUGUAUAUGAAGAUCGAGAACAAAAAAAAGUAUUACCCAGGAAAGACAUCAAAAGGCUGUGCAAGUCCUCUAGCUUACCUUUGAGUGAUGAUCUUCUAGAAGCUUUAUUGUGCAAGUUUGAAGAUAGUGAAAAACAAGUCAAUUAUGAGUCAUUUUUCUCUGCCCUGAACUGGAGAACAAAUCGAUUGCCCGAAUUAAUAAAAGUAUCACCCUUGAAAGAGAGAUGUGAAGAUGUAUGGAUUGGUAUGCCAUCACCUAUUCCUUCGAAAUAUGUUAACUAUUUAAAAUUUUUAAAGGAUGUGUAUGGCUUACAGGUAGAGUAACCAUGCCAAUUUUGCUCAACUCCCUUUGGCUUCCUGUUCUAAUUUUGCCAAGUUUAUUUCAAUGGAUGUAAUCUCAUUAAAAACAAAAAAGAA